AUGUCACUGGAACCCUUUUCAGUAUUUGCUGCUUGCAACCCCGACGAUCUCGAGUCGCUUGACGCGGAACUCCUCAGCUUGAUCGCCGCUGAUGACGACGACAACAGCCCGUUUCCGAUGGAGCUCGAGCGAAGCGAGAAAGCAUUCGUCGACGACUUUACACCCUUGAAGCUCACGUCAACACCAACGGCAGUGGACGCACUCAACCCUGGCUUCUCGAGGACGGAGGUGCAGGACCUCAUGAACCUCCUCGCGCCCGAGCCUCUAAAGAUCCCGACCUUUGUCCGGAGCUACUCGGAACCGAUUCCGAAGAUCGGAAAGCGCACCAAGAAGUGCACCUACGCUGCUCGAAGGAGAGAGGUGGCAUUUCUCCGCGAAGAGUCAAUGAAGCUCGAAAGGCGCCUGAAUGACCUGCGGGCGAACCGCGCCGUGUCGAGUCACACCCGCGAGCGCGCUGCACUCGAAAGGCACCAUCUGGAUCAGUCCAAAGAGCAAAACAAGCGGCUUCGGGCUCUGGUGUCGAGCCAAGAGGCCAAGAUUCGCCAAGCUGACACCAGCAUGGUUGCGGGCAACCGUCCGCUGCAGUUCGCGUUGUCGCCUUAG